AUGACCGAAAAUUCAGAUUUUUUAGCUUCAGAAAAUGUCAUAGGAUAUAUCAAAUCAACACUUAUGGGUAGGAAUAAUGUUGAUUUGGAGGUCAUAAUCAAAAGAGUUGAAGAAACAUUCAAUUUGGAUUUAAAAAAUUAUGCUUAUGAAUUAAACUAUGGAAAUGAUAGAUCUACAAAGACAGUAGCAAACUACAUAGCAGAUAUUGAGGGAUCUAUUGUAAAUGUAGUUAAUAAAGGUUCUUAUCUUGCCUAUUUAAUUAGCUUUAAUUUAUCUGCUAAUUCUAUAAAAGCUGCCAUGUUUUGUCGACAAACAAAAGAUGGAAAAGGAAAAAAAAAGAACAAAGAUAUUCAAAAAUCUAAUAAAUCACAUUUAACUAAACUUGUUUAUAAACAACCUACAUAUAAUAUUGUUAAUGAACAGAAAAAAGUUCUUGUUAGUAAAAAAAAUGAACUCAACCAACCAAAAGUAGAAAUUGGUAAAAGACGGAAAUUUAAGAAAAUCUAUAGUUUCCCAAGUGUUGAAAAUACUCCUGACAUCUUUAAAAAAAUUUCUUUUACUAAAAACAAAAUUAACAAAGAUGUUCAUUCUGUUUCAGUAAGUAAUAAUUAUUACAAACCAGUAAUAGGAAAUGUAAGGAAUUCUAUUAAAUCUUCCAAUGAAAGAGAUACAUAUGCAAGAAUUUUUGGAGGUAUGGAAAAUCAAAAGAUAUUAAAACAAAGACAAAAUCUUUUUGAAGAUUAUGAAAAUAAUCAUGAAAGGAAAAUGGAUAAUUAUCUUUGGACAACAAAUGCUACAUAUAAUGAAAUGGAUUACGGCACUAAAGUGGACACGUCUAAAGGCAAUAGUAGUAACACCAUAUUAAACGAGUACAAUUUUGUACAAAGAAAUUCAAAUAUCCAUAAAAUUGUUGUAAAUAAUGCACAAGAAAUCAAAAAAAAUGUUCACACCAAUUUCUCAACUAACUUUUUUUGUAAUAACAAAAAAAUUAGUCAAAAGUUGGAAGAAGACAAAUUUUUACCUCAAUCUGAAACUAUAAUUUUAACACAAGAAAUGAAACAUUUAUUAGUUUCAUUUAGUAAGUUAUCAAUACAUUAA